GAGAUGGAUGCUGCCUGCUGCAGCUCGUGAGCUUCUGUUGAGCUGACGCUUGUUGAUGCCGCCGCAGCUCGUGCUUUCAUUUCCAGACCGUCAGCUCGCACUAGUUGUUCGCGAUCACCAGCGCGUGCUUGACCGUGCGGUGAACACCGGUCCCCGCUGCUGUGGAUCCCUUCAACCACCGCGACCAUAAAAAGGACGGACACUGUCAUCCAGCGAUACCCACCGUAUACCGUCUCUGUCUCCCGGAGUAGACGGGGAGAGGGGGUCCAGUGCCGUCCGCAGCAUGAGCAUGGACCCCCUGGCCAAGCCCUGCCCGUCCCAGGCGGAGCACAACCCCGGGACCUUCAGCGGCCGACUGACCGCGCUGGAAGCGGCCGGGGAUGACAGCGAGUCCGGCUGCGGCGAAGAGGAGGCCAUGGGGGGCAGCGAUACGUUCACUAGCCUCGUCGAAAUGGAGGUGGAGACGCUGGAGGAGAAAUUAAAGGGUCUGGCUUUUAGGAAACAGAUUUCGUAUAGGAAAGCCAUCUCGCGGUCGGGUCUCCAGCACUUGGCCCCGGUCCACAAACCCAUGACCCCCAUCACCAACGGACCUUCCAAGGAGAUGCGCACGUCCGUCGACUGGACAGAGACUGCUGUGAACGGGGAACACCUUUGGCUGGAGACCAGUUGUUCUGGAGAGCUGUGCUACCUGGGAGAAGACACCUGUGUACUGAAGACUGCAAAGUCUGCCCCCAGGAGGAAGUGUGCAGCGUGUAAGAUCGUAGUCCACACCGCCUGCAUCGAGCAGCUCGACAAGAUUAACUUCCACUGUAAACCAACGUUUAGAGAAGGAGGCUCUCGCUGCCUCAGAGAUAAUAUGUUGAGGCAUCACUGGGUGCACCGGCGCCGCCAAGAGGGGAAAUGCAGACAGUGUGGAAAGAGCUUCCAGCAGAAGUUCUUCCACAGUAAAGAGAUUGUGGCCAUCAGCUGCUCCUGGUGCAAACAAGCUUUCCAUAACAAGGUGACAUGUUUCCAGCUACAUCAGAUUGAGGAGCUCUGUUCUCUGGGGGCUCACGCCGGGGUCAUCGUCCCCCCCUCCUGGAUCAUCAAAGUUAGGAAGCCACAGAGCUCGUUCAAAAACUCUACAAGGAGGAAAAAACGCACAUCGUUUAAAAGAAGGACCAGCAAGAAAGGAACUGACGAGUCAAAGUGGCGCCCGUUCAUGCUGAAGCCCCUUCCCUCCCCUCUGAUGAAACCUGUUCUAGUCUUUGUCAACCCCAAGAGUGGAGGCAACCAGGGUACUAAGGUGUUACAGAUGUUUAUGUGGAUUCUGAACCCUCGCCAGGUGUUUGAUCUCUCCCAGGGAGGGCUCAGAGAGGCGUUGGAGUUGUACAGGAAAGUGCCAAACCUGCGUAUCCUGGCCUGUGGAGGAGACGGGACGGUGGGGUGGAUCCUGUCUGCUCUGGAUGAGUUAGGAAUGACCCCCCAUCCACCUGUAGCUGUACUUCCUCUGGGGACAGGAAAUGACCUCGCCAGGACCCUCAACUGGGGAGGGGGUUAUACAGACGAGCCGGUUUCCAAGGUACUGUGUCAGGUGGAGGACGGCUCUGUGGUGCAGCUAGACAGAUGGAACCUUCAGGUGGAGAGAAGCCCCGCCCAGCCGGAGGAGGGCACACAGAAGCUCCCACUGAACGUGUUCAACAACUACUUCAGCCUGGGCUUCGACGCCCACGUCACACUGGAGUUCCACGAAUCCAGAGAAGCCAACCCUGAGAAGUUCAACAGCCGCUUUCGCAACAAGAUGUUCUAUGCAGGGGCUGCGUUCUCUGACUUCCUCCAGAGGAGCUCCAGGGAUCUGUCUAAACAUGUCAGAGUGGUGUGUGACGGGACGGAUCUCACUCCUAAGAUCCAGGAGCAGAAGUUCCAGUGCAUCGUCUUCUUAAACAUCCCCAGGUACUGUGCAGGCACCAUGCCGUGGGGGAACACAGGAGACCACCGGGACUUUGAGCCUCAGCGCCAUGAUGACGGCUGUAUCGAAGUCAUCGGCUUCACCCUGUCCUCCCUUGCGGCACUGCAGGUAGGAGGUCAUGGUGAGAGGCUGCACCAGUGUAGAGAUGUGACUCUGACCACCUUUAAGACCAUCGCUGUACAGGUGGAUGGAGAGCCGUGUCGCUUGGCCCCAUCAACCCUCCGCAUCUCCCUACGCAACCAGGCCAACAUGGUACAGAAGAGCAAGAGACGCACCUCUGUACCCCUGCUCAAUGACAUUCAGAAAGUGUGUGCAGCAGACCCGCGUCGCCUUUCUGCUCCCCCUGACUCCUUCUCUGUCCCCCAUGCUGUCCCCGAGCGCCUGCGCCUCAGAGUCAACCGGAUCAGUCUGCAGGACUACGACAGACUACAGUUCGACAGGGAGCGACUCCGAGACAUCUCGAUCGCUGUGGGGAUUGUGGUGGUGAGAGGGGACUGUGACCUGGAGACCUGCAGACUCUACAUAGACAGGCUACAGGAGGAUCUUCAUCAGGCUCCAUCUGCUGGCCACCGAGUGCAUUACCAGGAUGAGUGUCGAGGUCUACCGCGACCUGGCUCCGCCCACAGACUGUCCCCCAACUGGAGCUUCCUGGACUCUACGUCUGCAGACCGUUUCUACCGUAUAGACAAGGCCCAGGAGCACCUGCACUAUGUGACAGAAAUCUGCCAGGAAGAGGUGUUUAUCCUGGACCACGGUGGACUAGCGGGGGGACCGGCCACAGGCAUGCCUGACCUGGUGGUGGAGCCCAACUCUGGGAGCCCUCUGACGUCUGAGGAACAAGCAAUGCUGAUGGCUGCCUCCUCUGGGGACCUGACUACGUUGUCGGGCAGCUUCUUUCGCGGGACCAGCCUCCUGGUGAGGGAUUCUACUGGUUGUAGUGCACUACACCUGGCCUCUCAGCACGGACACACUGAAGUGGUCCACUUCAUACUGGAGCACGGGUCAAAGGUGCUCCUGGAUUUAACCAACAGAGAAACAGGAGACACUGCCUUGCACAAAGCGGCCUCUCAGAAGCAUCACGCUGUGUGUCAUCUUCUCAUGGACUCCGGAGCUUCCCUCAUCAAGACCAACUUCAAGGGCAAGACACCAGUGGAGCAAGCUCGUAAUGCGGGGGACCAAGAGCUGGCCUCCUACCUGACCAGCAAACAGCUCCCUACCACUGUCUCCCAUGAAGAUCUGGAGACUGCUGUAUGAGAGAGAGAGAGAGAGAGAGCGAGAGAGAGAGAGAGAGAGAGAGAGAGAGAGAAAGAGACAGAGAGAGAGAGACAGAGAGAGGAAAUAGACUACACGCAGAGAGAGGGGAAGACAGGGAGACGAGGAUGAGAGAUGGAGGAGAGAGGUUAGCCCCCUUCACCUCCAUAGAUUGACUGAGGCGUGGACAGACAGAUGGACAGAUAGGAGCGGCCUGACGCGCUUUAGACUCUCUCAUCAGCAUGACUCUGUCCUGUCCUGCACAGGAAAAUGUUUCAUUGAAAUCAUUAUUUAUUAUUGGUAUUAUUUAUUCAUUAAUUUAUUGAUUGAUUGUAAACGUAUGGGAGUGUUGGGGUAUGGAGUUGCCUGUUGUUCACUGAAUGCCAGGGUCUGGGCUAAAUUAGGAUUCAGGGGGUUCGGGGUCAGGGAUCAGAGAGGAGGGUUCACCGACACACAGACCCUCUCUCAGUGCGGCCCUGCAGCCUUACAUACUGUACCAAUAUACGUAUUUUCCCAGAAGGCCUUUGUGAAUCAUUCAGACGUGUGCCAAAGACACACAGCACUGUGAGGCAGGGACAGCACCCAGCGCCCUCCAUACUACUACCACUGCUACACUAGGAUACCACUACUGCUAUCCCAACAACACUGCUAGGCUUGUAGCCAUCCCAAUUCUAAGCCCCCUGGAGGCCAGUGUCGGACCUGAGAUGACAGACACCUUAGGCAGACAACGAAAAGAGAGACGGGACUGAUUCUCCAUGCAGCCCCGGGGACCCAUUACACACCCAACCUAGAGCUCUACCAGAGCAGCAUGUACACACCUACAGACUGUGUGUGUGUGUGUGUGGUGUGUGUGUGUGUGUGUGUGUGGGUGUGUGUGUGUGUGUGCGUGCGUGUGUGUGUCUGUGUGUGUGGUGG